AUGCCAUUAUUUCCAAUUGUUUUGUGGGCACAAAAAAAGGAAUGCCUUUACCUCACCAUAGAACUACAGGAUGCAGAAGACACAAAAAUUGACUUGAAAGAAGACAAGUUAUAUUUUUACGGAAAAAAAGAUAAAAAUGAAUAUGAAUUCACUUUAAAUUUUUUGAAACCAAUAAAUGUAGAAGAGUCAAAAUAUAGCACAAAGAGGAAUAUAAAAUUUAAAAUAAUAAAAAAAGAAAAAGAAAGAUGGAAGACCAUAAAUGGUGAUGGUAAAAAACACUGGAUUAAGUGUGACUGGAAUUCAUGGGUUGAUACAGAUGAAGAAAAUAAAACAACAGAAUAUGACGAUAUGGCAAUGAAUAGCUUUGGUGGUAUGGGUGGUAUGCCUGAUAUGAGUCAGUUUGGUAAUAUGCCAGGUAUGGGUGGCAUGCCAGGAAUGGGAGGUAUGCCAGGAAUGGGAGGCAUGCCAGGUAUGGGCGGUAUGCCAGGUAUGGGAGAUCUCGAUUUCAGUAAGCUAGGAAAUAUGGGUGAUGAUAUGGCUAAUUUUCCAGGAUUAGGAGGAAUGGAUCAAUUUAAAAACAUGCCAAAUAUGAAUGGUAUGAACGAUGAUGAUUCAAGUUCUUAUGGUGAUGACACUAGUGAUGAUGAGGAUGAUGAUGAUGAUGCUGAAGACGAGGAUGAAGAUGAUGAAGAUGUUGAUAAUAAAAAGGAUGCAGAUAAAAAACAUGAUCUUAAGGAUUCCAAAUGUAAUAUGGAGAAAAAUGGAAGACAUGAAGAUGAAGGAAAAAUUCAGGAUCCAAUUGUAGAAGUGCAAGAACCAGUAGCAUAG